UGAGGCAGGCCGAGAGAAUCCAGCUGCCAGCCCUGCCGCCUUUGCCAAGGCAGGCAGCGACUCAGGCAGCAGCACCCAAGCAAGUGCCUGCGGCACAGGCAUCAUCGCCUGAAAGGGCCACUUGCAAGCUGCCCCCUCUGCAAGCAGCAGCCUCUGCUUCUUCAGGGGGAGGAAGGGCAAAGUCAUUGGGAACAGAGGCCCGCAGCCAGCAAGAGCUUUUGCCACCUCUUCCCUGCAUCUCUGGCAACAGGGACAGGGCAGUGAGGGCAGAGAGGCGGGAACGUGGCCCACACAGCCCUGUGGCCCCUGACGAGGACGUGGGCAAUGCAAUACAGUCCUUCGUGUCCACUGUCAUAGCAAAAGCUCUAGCCUGCAACGAGGGAGCCAGCAGCAAGGCAAGGCUUUCUCCCUCAGGCAGAGGUCCCGGGACCAAAGGCCCCAGAACACCACCUCUCGCCACAGCAGCGGCCCAAAACUGGAAGAGUCGGCACUCGUCCAAAAGCAGCCUUGCAUCCCCUGCUGAAGAAAUGGAAGACCCAGUAAAGGCCUUUGUCUCCACUGCAAUAAGAAAUGCCCUUGCCUGGAACCAGGGAGCCAUGAGGGAGGCAAGGCUUCCUCCCGUGGGCAGACCUCCCAUGAGCAAAGGACACAGAACACCACCUCAGCCCGCAACUGGGCCCCAGAAUUUAAAGAAGAGCUGGCACCCGGCCCCACACAGCCCUGCAGACCCUUGCAUGGCACUGCGGGACACAGCACACUCCCGCGUGUCUGAAGUGCUGCAGAAGACGCAAAAAAGCUGGGAACACGGCCAACGAUCAGCAGCACGUGGGGACCUGGCACAAACGGGGUGCAAAUUGAGAGCAACAAGUUCAGCCGGGGUCCAGACAGACAUGGAGAGGACGUGGACGACUUCUCUGCCAGGGCCUGAUUCCCGGGUAUGUGCAGGAGCAAGGGCUUCCAGCAGAGACCCUGCAGCAGCUAGCCCAGGCCAGGGUAAGAAGCAAAAACACGUCAAAACCAGGCAGGGGACAGGCAGGGGACACGUCAAACCCAGGCAGGGGACAGGCAACGAGGGGACAAGCCAAGGCCGGGGCAGGAAAGAGAGCAGUCCUGGGGGAUGCGAUGAAGAGGAGGGGAUCGUCAUCCUCAACUCCUGGAUUAACCCCAGGUUCGCCAGCCUCUUCACAGACGCACAGGACGUUCCCCAGGAAGAGGGCAGCGCAGCCAGCAGUGUGGACAGGGAGGCAGCACAAGAAGCAAAACACCCAGCAAGCGCCUCUCCUGCCUCACUGCAAACCAUGGACACUGCCCCAUCAGCUGCUCCCCAGGAAGAAAUUCCUGGGGAAGAGAGGCACAGCACGCCUCUCACCACAACAACAGCAGCACAGAGCAGGCCAGCAAGUCCUCCAGCAGCCCCUGCUGUGGAAGAUGAGGGACACGGGACGCCUCCCCUGACACGUGGGGCUCAACAGUCAAAACCAUCAGCCUCUCUAAGCCCCAGUGAGCACAGCACUGCGGUGAUGGUUGAGAGCCAGGGACGUGCCCAACAUGCCUCCAGUGCCUGUGAUGAAGAUUUGCAUGACAGAGUGAAGACCAUCGUUUCCACGGUCCUACGCCGUGCUGUAGCCAUGAGCCAGGGAGCCGUGAGCAAGGCACCAAGUGCUCCCUCGGCCACAGGACCCAGCGUGCCUCCUCCCACAGCAGAGCCUGCAGACUCUACAUCCUCAGCAUCUGCCUUGGCUGGAGCACUGGGGGACCUGGCACACACGGGGAGCACAGGGAGAGCAAUGAGAUCAGCCGGGCUCCAGACAGACAUGGAGAGGAGGCGGACCACUGCUCUGCCAGCGCAUGACCCCGGGUAUGUGCAGGAACAACGGCUGCCAUCAGAGACUCUGCACCAGCUAGCCCAGGCUGCGUUGAGAAGCAAAAGCAACAGAGAAAGGAAAACGUCAAACCCAGGCAGGGGACAGGCAACGAGGGGACAAGCCAAGGCCGGGGCAGGAAAGAGAGCAGUCCUGGGGGAUGCGAUGAAGAGGAGGGGAUCGUCAUCCUCAACUCCUGGAUUAACCCCAGGUUCGCCAGCCUCUUCACAGACGCACAGGACGUUCCCCAGGAAGAGGGCAGCGCAGCCAGCAGUGUGGACAGGGAGGCAGCACAAGAAGCAAAACACCCAGCAAGCGCCUCUCCUGCCUCACUGCAAACCAUGGACACUGCCCCAUCAGCUGCUCCCCAGGAAGAAAUUCCUGGGGAAGAGAGGCACAGCACGCCUCUCACCACAACAACACCAGCACAGAGCAGGCCAGCAAGUCCUCCAGCAGCCCCUGCUCUGGAAGAUGAGGGACACAGAGCGCCUCCCCUGACACAUGGGGCUCAACAGUUGAAGCCAUCAGCCUGUGCAAGCCCCAGUGAGCACAGCGCUGCCGUGAUGGUGGAGAGCCAGGGACGUGCCCGACAUGCCUCCAGUGCCUGUGAUGAAGAGCUGGAUGAAAGAGUUGACACCAUCGUGGCUGCAGUCCUACUCCACUCUGUAGCCAUCAUCCAGGGAGCCCCAAGCAAGGCAGCAAGUGCUCCCUGGGUCACAGUGCCCACGGUGCCUCCUCCCACACCAGAGCCUGCAGAAUGUACGUCCUCGGCCUCUGCCUUGGCCAGAGGCCCUGUGGGGGAGGCCAAUGAAGCCCCUCUCGCUGCAGCAGCAGCGCCACAAGAAGAAGGUGGAGAAGGGGCUUCUCCUUUGGCUGCAGAGCCUCUCCAGGAGCCCAGCACAGAUGUCCGCCCAGCAGCAGCUGACAAAGCAGGAGCAGCAGCCACUCCCUUGGUUCCUGGGCACCAGGUGGCCAUCGAGCAGGGAGGCCAAGCGCAGUCCUCCUCCUGCACCAAAGAUAUGCCAGCGGAUGAGCCAGCAACAUCCCAGACACAAGCACCGUCCCAGGAUCUGUUGGCCGGGCCUGUUCAGCGCAGCGAGCAGCACCAAGCACAAGGAACCCUUGACCUCGCACAAGCCCCGGCGCGCCAGCCACGGCCCUCCCGCAUCAGGAGGGCACUUCGCAUGCUGCGCAGGGCUUUCUGCUGCAGCUGCAUCGCAGGACAGCGAGAGUAG